AUGGACUUGAGCGCUCAGGGCCAAGAGCUUUUCGAUUUCUAUCCAAACGUCAUGCCGGCAUGCUCGUACGGGUUUGAGCGACGAAGCCCUCUGGCCCACAACUGGUACCUGUCAGUCUUCAUACCAGAAGCCAUGAAAGGGGCCCUGUGCUUCCAGAAUACAAUCCUUGUCCACGCCGCCAACUCACAGGCUUGGGUCCAAGGCCUUCCAGAAACGUGUCUCGCCAUUGGACAUCGUGCCAAGGCCUCACAGUUGCGUCUUCAUCACUACCAGCAAUACCCGCAUGAUACCUCAGAUGCGACCAUCUCGGCAACGAUCUCGGCGGCGGCCUUGGAGGAUUUCGAUCCCCGUAUCGAACGCCGCAUCUAUGCCUGA